CCGUCAAGCUUGAAAAUUCCAUUAAUUGGUCUCUCGUUGGGCUAACGACGCGGCGAUCGAGUAGCUUAGCUAGCUGAAGCUGCCACAUGAAGAUCGGGUGCGACGCGUGCGAGCAGGCGGAGGCGGCGGUGCUGUGCUGCGCCGACGAGGCCGCGCUCUGCCGCCGCUGCGACGCCGCCGUCCACUCCGCCAACAGGCUCGCCGGCAAGCACACCCGCGUCGCGCUCCUCCUCCCCUCCUCCUCCUCCGCCGCCGCCGGCGACGACGACCACCACCCCACCUGCGACAUCUGCCAGGAGAAGACGGGCUACUUCUUCUGCCUCGAGGACCGCGCCCUGCUCUGCCGGAGCUGCGACGUCGCCGUCCACACCGCCACUGCGCACGCCGCCGCCCACCGCCGCUUCCUCAUCACCGGCGUCCGCAUCGGCGGCAGCGUCGACGCCGCCGCCGCGGCCGACGUCAUCGUCAGCCCAACAAGCAGCAGCAUCGCGCCGGCCGGCUCGGCCAGCAGCAACCACGCCGGCGCCGCCGGCAACAACAAUGGCCGGUCGCCGGCGCCGGUGAGGUUCUCAGGGGGAGACGGCGGCGUUGAGCCGGAGCAGCAGUGGCCGUGGAGUGACGUCUUCGCCGCCGACGACGACGAUGACGUCAGCGCCGCCAUGGAGCAGUGCUACUAUCAUGGCAUCUCUGAACCUCACUCCUCCAGCCUCACUGGAUGAUGGCAGCUUAGCUUCAGUCAAAUUAAUUAAUGAGCUGCUAUAAUUGAUUUCCAUGAACUGAUCCCACAGAGGUCAUCAACAUCGAGAAUAUUAGUUGAGAAAUUUUGCA